UACAAGUCGCCGAACAGCCGGAACGGAGAGCGUGUGAGGCGGUCACUCGGAAAGGUAGAGCUGAGGCCUGCACAAAUACGUCGAUCUAUGAAGUUUUUACAGAGAAAUCUGACAUGGAAAUAAACCUCGACCCCAAUAAACAUGACCUCCCUCUCAGAGCUAACACUAGUGACAUGCUGGUCAGACAUUACGUGCUGGACUUAGCUGUGAAUUUCAAAAAAAGAGUCAUCUCUGGAAAUAUUGUCCUUUUCUUUGAGACUGGAAAAGAAGCCGAUACAAUAUGCAAACCUGCAAGAGAACAGGACUGUCCUGAAAGCUGCAAGUUGUGCAAGCAGGAGACACCCUACUUGACAGAUUUUCCGGUGACAAGUGCAAGUACUCAUUCAACUCUGUUUGACGCUAAUGAUGUUAGUGGCUGGGGAAGUAACAGAAAAGAUAACUCUCACAAAAACUGUAGGCAUGGCAACAUAAUGCUGACUUCUGGGAUUUCAAAAGAAGGCUGCAGAGACACUGAGGAUUGUGGGAGUGAAGAUUUUGUGCUGGUGCUGGACUGUUGUGAUCUUUUAGUCGUAAAGGUUGAAGAAGUUUCUAAUUGUAUAGAGCCACACAUUAAAAAACUAGUUAGCAGGAUCAGUGGACAAGAUGCUGUUACUCAGCAACCAAUGAAAAAGGAGAAGAUUCAUGCUAUUGAUGAACUUGUGUCAUUACCUGCAAGUCUUUGGCAAGAGCAGCAUGAAAUGUACUUGGAGUGCAGCCGAGCGCUUGGCUGUGGGGAGCUUCGCUUUGAAACAGAUUCUUGGAGUCUGCAAAUCAGAAAACCAGGGAUAAAGACAGCCAGAGAUUUCCCACACAUACUGAGAAUCUGGUAUGAGACCAAACCCAGUGGUGGUUCAGUCAGGUGGACUCGGGAUCAAAGCGGCAGACAAUGUGUCUACACUGCUGGAUCACCAAUUAACAACCGAGCACUUUUUCCUUGUCAGGAACCCCCUGUUGCCAUGUCAACUUGGCAGGCUACUGUUCAGGCACCAUCAGAAUGUGUAGUAUUACUCAGUGGGGAAAAUACUGCGGUACCUAUUGAUACCCCACAAGGUCUGUCAAAUUGGUUUUACUAUGUUACGAUGCCAAUGCCAGCAUCAACUUUUACCAUAGCAGUUGGACACUGGAUAGAAGUUAAUCUGAAACAUACCUUAAUUUGUGACACAAAUGAUUCUACAGAAACUGCUGCAACACAGACUCACAGCUCCUGUCCAGUGAAAUGUGGCCACCUGGAUUACCCCUGCCCAUUUCAGGAAUCUGCUGCACAUUUAAAGGCUGUAAUUCCAUACCGAGUGUUUGCUCCAGUAUCUCUUCAAGAAAAAGUUCAAGAGGUUUUACUUCCUUUGCUUCCAAAAUGUCUUAAAGCUGCACACAAUGUCUUGGGGGUUCAUCCAUUUAGAAGAAUUGAUAUACUGCUUGUACCUGCUGGCUUUUCUAGCUUGGGAAUGGCAAGCCCUCACAUCAUCUUUUUGUCCCAAAGUAUACUUCCUGGAAAGAGUUACCUUUGUGGUGCACGACUUUGCCAUGAGAUUGCCCAUGCCUGGUUUGGUCUAGCCAUUGGUGCUCGGGACUGGACAGAGGAGUGGGUCAGUGAAGGCUUUGCCACAUUCCUAGAAGAUGUCAUUUGGGCAUGUGCUCAAAAGCUUCCACAGGAAGAAGCUGUGAAGCAGCAGGAACUCAAGGCAUUUCUGCGUUUCAGACGUCUCAGGGAUGAAUUGCAGAUUUCAGAAGAACAGCUUCAGAUUCUCAGACCUCAGGGAGAGCGCACAGGAGAAGUAAGUGAAUCAGGAUCAUCUCAAGUCAAACAUGGCCUUAAUCCAGACAAAAUCUUCAUGCAGGUGCACUACCUAAAGGGUUUCUUUCUUCUACGUUUUUUAGCCAGCAAAAUUAAAGAAGAAUUAUAUCUCCAGUUUUUUCGAGAUUUUGUGGAAAAAUUUCAUGGUCAGCUUAUUCUGUCUCAGGAUUUUCUGAAAAUGCUUCUGGGACAUUUUCCAGAAAUUGAAAGACAAGGUCUUCCACUCGAGUCUAUUAAUGAAGUAUGGCUUGACAGUGCAGGAAUUCCUAAGCCUUUGUUAGAAGAAUGCAAUAUUUGGCUGAAAAAUCAGUUGGUUCAAGAAGUGAAACAAGAGCUUCCAAAAUGGAUUCAUUUCAAUCAAAGGAAAAGAAGAGGAACCAAACGGAAAAAGACAACGGAGGGAGAGGGAGAGAUCUUCAGAGAGCUCCUACCAGACCAGUUGGUCUUGCUUCUGGAGUUCCUGUUGGAGGAGGAGGUUCUUAGUGUUAGCACACUGCAGAUGUUACAGAAGAUUUACAGUAUCCAGGAGCAGGAUGCAGAGGUGCGACAUCGCUGGUGUGAGCUGGUCGUGAAGCACAAGUACACAAAAGCGUAUAAAGAUGUUGAACAAUUUUUAACACAAGAUCAGGCCAUGGGUGUCUACUUGUACGGGGAACUGAUGGUCAAUGAGGAUGCCAGACAGCAGAUGAUUGCCAGAAACUGCUUUACAGCUGUUCAAGAAGAAAUGGAUCCUGCUUCAAGAAAUGUUGUUGAAGAGAUGAUAUUUUGAAAAGACUGAGCUGUAAAAUGAUAGAAAAGGAUCACCUGAAGCCAGCAGAGUAAACUCUAAUCCUCAUCCUGAAGAUUUCUAAAACAGUCUGUUUAAAGUGAAAUAUCACAGGACUAGGUAAUGGUAAAAUGAGCAAACAAAAAGAGCACAUCAGGACUUCUCAAUGUAAUUUCAAGGAAGCAAAAUAUGGAGCCUCACACAGAGGUGCCAAGACAGCAGAAUGUGUGAUUGUUUAACCUGCUUAUAGCUUAGCAAUGCAAGACAAAUCAUCACACAUUUUUACCUUUUUGACUGUGGAGUCAUUUAUAAUUGAGUGGAAGUGGAAAUGCCACCCAUGACCUGAAUAUCUUUUUUUCCUCUGGAUGACUCUGAACUGACUUUUUAUGGUGAAAGAAAAUGGAGACGUAUUACAUGUUAAUUAGCGCAUGCAAGUAAGAAUUUCUCUGUUCUCUGUACAUUAGGACAAUUGUGACGAGCACAGGCCUUUCAACCAAACAAUCUUAUCCAUCUUACUCAACUAGACUCUCCAAAAUAUCAUCAGAUGGAGAUCUGAAGGUCCCUGAAGUCUAGUUCUCUACCACACUACUUGGUAAUUCAUUCCACGUGUUUGUGAACACUUUAGAACCUAUGUAUAAGUAAAGCAAAUUGACACAUAUUCCAGAUAAGCUGCAUGAGUAAGGCCUUUCAUAUCUUAGGCUACGCUCUGUAAUCAUCCCACAUAAGUAUUAUUCUGAGGCCCCACAGAGAUGUCUCUGUAAAGUGUGUGUGUGUGUGUGCACUGCCUAGCAGUUACUUUGAUUUCCAUGUAUCAGUAAAUAUAGACAAACCUUCCCCGUGAUUUCACUUGCCUAUGGCAUGACUUUAUGGCAACUGUAAAAGGGCCAAUGUUUCAGGGAUGUUUGCAUCUUUGAUCAGCAAAUCUUGUGCACUCCUUUAUUAGAUUAUGGUGACAUUUCCACUUACGAGCAUGGAGUAAGGCACAGAAACAAGUUUAAGGGGAGAAGACGAGAAACAGGAGAAAAUCCCUUAGCCAGACUGGAUGAGAUACUGGGACAGUUUGGCUAAUUCUGCAAACUACUAUAGAUGAACUGACAUGGACACAAAGUGUGUAGAUUUUUUACACUUAAAGGAAUGUUGCUGUGAAAUUGUCUGUUCAGAUAUAAAUAAGAGAAGUGCCUUGCUGGCGUUGGCUGAUAGUCCCUAUUCAGACCUUAGGUAAGCUAAUGGGCUUUGUGUAUGCAUGUUGCUCACCUAAUCGAUUAGCUUUGGUAUGAGCUCGUCUCCCAGCACAGCAUACCUUACAUUUUUGUCGAAUGCGGUCCCACAUGCUCCGACAGCCUGGACUUUUGGCCUUGACAUAACUUUACACUUGAUUUCAGAUAUCUGACAUUCAAACAUUUUCCUUGGCAGACCUCAUUUGCUUGUUGUUGUCAACUUAAAGGUUGUGCAAUGUAACGUGCAGGCCUGAACACAGAGAGUAUGGCGUCUUUGGAGUUGUGACAGCUUAUUUUAUCCUGUUGUUUACACCAAAUAGCAGUGCAGCAUACGUCAGACAUUACUGUAAGGUUUUAUUUCUGUAUUGUGUGAGAAACAUACUUAAUAUAUUUUGCGUUUGAACAAUGUAAAGUUGGCCUUGUAUUAAUUUUACAUUCCUAGACAUGUCUAUGCGACUCCUAGAGCUAUGAAGGAAUAAAGGCUAACUGGUAACAUUGGAAGUGAGCAAUAAUAAUAUUUAACUAGAAUUGAUAAAUAAGACAUCUGGCCUGUCUGUGUACUCUCAGCCCAAAAAAAAAAAGAGGAAUCCCAUUGAAAACAUACAUACAAUAGUGCAACUAAACAGAAGUAAGAAAUUGCCAACAUACAUAUUUCAGUUUUGAAGAGAAAAACUUGUCACUCUCUGUUCUUUGAGGAUUAUCUGUAUUAUCCCGUUCAGUGACAGGCCACAUUCGUUUCUUUAUCCCGAAAUUCAUUGCCUGAGCGGAACUAUCCUCAAACUAAAAUGGGUUCUUGGCAAACAGCUUAGCAAAGGUAACACUUUAACUCUGAAAUCCUUCAUCUCUCAUUCUGUCUUUCGUGGCUUUUACAACCAGCCCUUACCUUAGUUUCCUCUUCAAACAGAACACCAUAUAAAUUCUUGAACAACCAUGGGGCAAAUUGUUAGGAUCCUCAUAUUAUGAGAGCGUCCUGCUCACCUAUUUGCUUCAUUUAACAUCUGUGUGUUUCAUAGUUUCUGUUCCAUUGAUUUACUAAUAAAAAUAAUUUUCAGUAAUGAUGUGUGGCCUGUUCAGAUCUGAAGAUGCACUGCUUUUCUGACACUGGGAAGAUCAUUCAGAAAAAUCAAUUGUAAAGGGAGGAAAUGGUGGGUUGGCAGUUUAUUGUAUCAGAAAUAUUUUAAUUUUUGUAGAGCCUUUCCCUAGGAGCCAUGUGUAAUGAGGCGUAUUUCCCUUGAUCAUCCAAGCGUGGAGAAUAAAGAGAGAGAGGAUCCGCAGGUUUCCUUUCAUGUUGUGGCUGUGUGGGUUCCUGGCAUGCUGAUUUGUGACUUAAGAUAAAAUCACAUUGCCAGGGAUUACCACACAUCUACAGCCUUGGCGGCUGUUAUGGAAACCAGGGGCACUAGCAGAAAAGAGAGGUAACAAGAGAUCGAUGUAUGUACAUGUUGGAGUGCAGACGCUCCUGGAGCUGGCGCUUUGUGCUGCGGUGAACCUGACCUCUCUAGCAAGGUGCAGAGCUUAGCUGAUUGGUGAACAGUGAUUUACCUCGUCUUUGUUCACAGUGGCUAAGUUCUGCACCUGAAGAGAGGGUGAGAGUGAAAGGAGGUCCAUUCUUGUAGCGGGACAAACGAGGGUGCACUCGAAUGCUUAUUAUCUGUCUUUUUACAUGGAUUUUUGUUCUGAUCUUGACUACAUAAAAAGGAGUAGGUGGAACUGAGAAAGAAAAAAA